GCGACGAAAUACAGGACCCAGUCACGUGUUCUUCAAGGUUGACUUUCUGGUGCAGUGGAGAGGCAUGCAUGCUGCACGGACGACGUCGAGAACGGCUACAGCGGCAUGACGAUUGACGUGGCCUCGCUGAAGGUCGCCGAGCUCAAAGAGGAGCUCUCUGCGAGGGGGCUGCCCACGACGGGCCUCAAGAAAGAGCUGGCAUUGCGUCUGCAGGAGGUCGUCGAUGCGGCGUUCUCCGCCCAGCCAUCAGGUGGAGGUGAGCAGCGGCAGCAGCAACAGCAGCAGGGCGCAGAUGGGGAUGACAAACGGGGGGGAGCGAACGUCGAGCAAGGCGAUACAGCGGAACGAGAGGAGGACGAUAGGCCAUCUGGCGGCGCUCAGCAGGCGCCUCAAGACAUCGAGAUCGCAUCGAUUCGCGGUGCCUCACCAGCCCCGCAUCCAGGAGCCAGCACCACGGUCAAAGACACCGCCCUCGCCGAGGCCGGCGUUGAGCAGCUCGAGGCCGCUGACCAGGAAGAAGCGGUGUCUCGCAACAUUGAAGAGGAAGAUCUGACGGAUGCAAAAGAUGACGUUGUCGUCCCACCCGCACUGGGCACCAGUGACGACGAGAGGGCUCCCAGAGCCGACGGAGAGGUGAACGAUCCCAGACCCGCCGAUGAAAUGAUGCUCGAAGGUCAGCAAACGGACGAUGCUCAAGAACUCAGUAUUCUGCAUCCCAAUGGGCUCUCCCUCCACACGACACCUCCGUUGCCGCUUGACUCGUCGCAGUCCUCUCUCAGCUUGCCGCUGACCCGUGCCGUCGAAGAGAACCAAGAUCUGCUCGCACCCUCGCGAUGCAUCUACAUCACCGGUCUAGUACGCCCUUUGACCACACAGAUGCUUCAGUCUCGCGUUGAGGAAUUCGGUCCACUAGCGAGUCUGUGGCUCGAUGGCGUCAAAACGCACGCCUUCGCGACCUUUGAGGCCAUCGAGACGGCCCAGCAAGCCCGGCAAACGCUGGACAAGACGACAUUCCCGCCCGAGACUGGCCGUGCAAUCUCGGUCUUUCCGAUCCCCGAAGACAUCGCCAAGCGGUGCAUCGAAAUGGAGGACAUGGCGUGGGAAAAGGACAAGACAAAGAUGGAGCUGCGCAUGGCAGUCGAGGACGGAGAGGCGCGCUUCUCGAUCCAUCGGCUCGACGCAUUACAGCCAUCGGCGGAGGGAAGAGCUCGGGGUGGACCUUUGAAGUCAAGGCUGUCGGAGCCAAGAAGAGAUCGGAGUAACGGAGGAAAAUAUUCUACCCACGGCCAUGCAGGGGGCCGUACGGCAGGUCCUUGGGCCAAAGAACACUUUCACGCUCGGCCCGACGACGAGACGAGGUCAAAGAGGCACAGGCGUGAGGACGCCAGAGACGACGACAGGGAUGGAAAGCGGGCAAGAGGAGCGACCGACGAUCGGCUUCGUCUGAUCGAGGAAAGAAUCAUGGCAGAGAGGCAAUCCCGCGGAGGGCCCCCACCGCCACAGACUUAUCAUGGCCAUCGCCGCGGCGGUGGCGGUGGCGGUGGCGGAGGCGGUGGCAAUGAUUGGCCGUCCAGGAGGCCUCCUCCGUUGUAUCAAGGGUUCCCGCCAAGCAGAGGCUACGACGACUAUCCUCCCCACAGCUCUAGGGGCAGAGAUGGUGAUCGGGACAGGGCCAGGGAACGUUAUCCUCCUCCGCGGCGCGACUGGGGACCACCAAGAGACCGGGACGAGCGGGACCGACGGCCAGCUCCGCCGCUCCGACCUUCGCCUCCCCCUCCCCGAUACUGAUCAAACCCCAGUCCAUCCAUGUACAGUACAAUGGCGCAUGCUGUAUCAGGACAAUGUUCACAACACCUCGAGAUUGGAUUAACGGACAGAUUGAUUGCCGAUCGAGCAGGGAAAGGAGGAG